CCCCGCCAUGGGGCCGCGUCUGCUGCUGCUCGCCCUGUUGUGCGGGGCAGGAGUCUGGGCCGCCGAGACGCCGAUGUCACCGUCCGUGAUGAACGGGAGCAGUCUGGCAGUGUCUGCGGCGCCUCACAACGAAACCAGACAGGUCCUGCCGGACUCUGGGCCGGGAGAGAUGCUAAAGCGCUCCUUUUACGUGCUGACUGGCUUCUGCGGACUGGCUGCGCUCUAUUUCCUCAUCCGGGCCUUCAGAUUAAAGAAGCCACAGCGGAAGAAGUAUGGUCUGCUCUCAAAUACAGAUGACCACAUGGAGAUGGCUUCGGUGGAGAGUGAUGAAGAGACAGUCUUUGAGACAAGGAACUUGAGAUGAUGAAGAGCUGGAGUCCACAGUGGUAGCGGUGCAGAGCAGUCCAGAAAGGGGGAAGAGAGAUUCCAGGCACAGAAUGUCAAGAAAAUCCGGGGUUUAUUUUUUUAAUGAUUCUAUACAAUACAGUGUUUCUAAGGGGAAAGGGAGGGUUGGGAAAUUUUUUUGCACUUGGGAUAUGUUGGGAAAUGCAGGAAAGGAGGAGUAGGGACAGGUGUGGUAUUCCAAAUCAUAGCUUUUACUUUGCCGGAUGUGGGCUUCUGCCAGAGGGAGCUCAGCUGUCUUUACUUUCCCAUCUCUCAGGUCCUAAGAGCUUGCCUGGAUCCCCUGCCCCUCUCCCCAUGCUCCUCCUCUUCCCUUGCUAACAUUCCCGACUUGGAUCAGGGCCGAAGACCCUGCUGACACACCUGGGGUCCCAUCUUGACUCUUGGAACGUGAACAGUGCUGCGUGGAGGAAGGGGAAAGUGUGGGCUUAGGUCCUAGUAGGUUCACUUCUCCCCAUCUAAGAGCAGCAUGGGGAAAGUAGCGGGGGAUGCAGAGAGGAGUGGUCUCUGUCAGCCCGCUACAAGACAUUGAGCAGACCAAGCAGAAUGUGACAUCGGCCCUGGCCAUCUCCACAUUCCACACACAACCAAAUGGCUUCUAGGUCUCCAAGCUGCUGGAAACCAAAGCCAGCAUGCCCCUCAGAGACAGGCUGAUGGCCCAGCUCUGGGAUCUCUCAUGAGGUUGGUCCAGCUAAGGACUGUGUUCUAGAUUCUCGCUUGGAGACCUGGAGCCAGAGAAAGGGACCAAAGGGACAAGGCCUGGGAUUGUCACUGUGGACAUUUCUCUUCUCUGCCUGCUUCCUCCUUGAGUCUUUGCUAUGUGAAAGGAGAAGGGAGAGCAUCUCUGAACCUCGCCACAUGCCUCAUGGGUCAUGGAUCAGUCUUUCAUGAGGGAAACCUUAUUGUGUUCCGAGGACUCUGACCCCUGCACUGCCCACACUUGUGUUUGGGGGGACAGCGUUCCUUCCGGAAGGAUAUUCUUCUCUCACACCUGUUUUCUCUGGACAGGGACUCCAGGGCACCUUCCUUCAGGGACCACCUUGCUCUCUCCCAGGCAGGGGGAAGCUUUUUACUUUGUAUCUGUAUAUUUGGGUAUUUUGGUUUCCAAGAGACUAAGUCUUCUGUUGGGGGACCAGCACCCCACAGUAUUUGCUUGUCAGGGGUGCUCAGUAAAAGCUGCUGAUUGUAAAUAAAGCAAAUGUGGCCAAGUGCAGUGGCCUCCUUCCUUCGGCA